GCCCCAUCAGGUAGCAAACGAGACUAUGUGAUAAACCAAACACCCACUCAACACUCCGACGAUAAAAUAAUUAAAUUCUCCAAUUCCAAGCCACCCAAGAAUGAUGAUUCAAAAUCAAUCAAGAGCUGGUUACCAAAUUUCAAUCGUUCCGUCAGUAUACCAACUUUCAACCGGACCAAUCUGCCAACCUUACGACUCUCCUAUUUCCUAAUGCCACUGUUGGUACCACUCCUGGGCUGUUUGCUGCUCUACCUGCUCUAUCUGCUCUAUUUGGUGUGCUGUUUACCUUUGCUGGCAUGUCUCUGCUGUCGAUCGGGGUCGACCUGUAAAAGUGGUAAUAAACAAAAACCGCUGCUAACUCUGUAUUACCGGUGCCUGGAGUCUCUGAAUGGAUUGAAACCCACUGUGGACGAUACGCCAGACUACGACAGUAUUGCUGCCGCUUCAGGGGUGUCAGCACGAUCAUUGGCCUCCAGUAAAUCUGAACCAAAAUCUUGUGGCAUGUGUCAAUGGAUAGGAACGAAAGAGAAAGCACCUGAAACCAAUACAAAGAAAGUUGUGAAAAAUAAGAAGAAAAGGAGAAAAGGAAACAUUGAUUCCGACGCAUCAAACUGAUUUCAUAUCAAGUUUCAUCACAUAAUCGUUGAGAAAACUUCCAUUUUCAACAUUCGAAAAGAACUCUCACAAAAUUAUACAUUUGAAACUUGUCAAUUCAAAGGUAGUGUCUAAAGAUGUUUGUAAACUUCAAAUUAUUCAAUAAAUAGCAUCCAAUCAACU